AUGGUGGUAAAUUCGCUCCUUACUCUUUGGAACAAUCAACAUCCGAGGUUCAAUACCCCAACCAAAAAAUUUAACUUACUCUCUGUAUUUCUUUUCUUUCUUUCUUUCUUUCUUUCUUUCUUCCUUUCUUUCUUUCUUUCUUUCUUUCUUCCUUCCUUCCUUCCUUUCUUUCUUUCUUUCUUUCUUUCUUUCUUCCUUUCUUCCUUUCUUUCUUCUUUCUUUCCUUCUUUCUUUCUUCCUUUCCUUCCUUCCUUUCUUCCUUCCUUCCUUCCUUCCUUUCUUUCCUUUCUUCUUUCUUUUUUCUUCUUUCUUUCUUCCUUUCUUUCUUUUCUUUCUUCCUUCCUUCCUUUAUUUCUUUCUUUCUUUCUUUCUUUCUUUCUUUCUUUCUUUUCGCUUUUCUUCCUUCCUUCCUUCCUUUUUUUGAAUUCUUUCUUUCUUUUUUUGAAUGGGAAUUCCUGUUGCCGUCUUUCUUUCUUUCUUUUUGACAGACUUCCUUUCUUUCUUUUUUCUUUCAUUUCUCUCUUCUUCCUUUUACUUUCUUUCUUCUUCCUUCCGGUGAGACAGAACGUGAUGGUGAUUUUUAUUUCUUUCUUUUUUUUUAUGCUUGUCCUUUCUUUCUUUCUUUUUUCUUUCUUUCUUUUUCUUCCCAAACUUGUACUCAUUCUUUACCAUUCCCAUUUUUUUCUUUCUUUCUUUCUUUUUUCUUUUUUCUUACUUCCUUUUCAGUUCGACAUUCCAAACACCUUUUCUUUCUUUCCGAAUAAUUUCCUUCCUUCCUUCCUUAUUACGCGCUGUUUUCUUUCUUUCAUUCAAUUUCUUUAUCUUUCUUUCUUUCUUUCUUUCAACUGA